AUGUCCUCCCAUGACCAUACGGACGUCAAGCCAGAAUCCGUAGCGGCGGCCGUAACAGACAUCAAGCUGGAAGAUUCCGCUGAUAGCCCCGACGUUAAUGGAGGCUCCCGAGAUGAGUCCGCGAGCAAGGGCUCGGAGUCACCUGCGGGCUCCAAACCCGCUGCUACGGCGGCCACGAACGGAGUAUCUUCGUCCUCUGUAAAGCCAAGAAGCGCCCCGCGUUCUCCUGUCAAGAAAGAUGGCGAUGACAGCGAGGUCGAGGAGAAGGUGGGCGGCGACAUCACGGUCAAGAUGGAGCCCGGCCAGCCUCCCAAGCUGUCUCGCAGUGCCUCACAGAAAUUUUCGCGACCGCCUCAGCUACUCAAUCAUUUGCCAGAUAGUACCGCAGAGGCUCAAGCUACCUUCCAGAUGAUGGAAGAGUGUACCUAUGCUAACAAAUAUAUGGGAUACACGGAACACGCGAUGGAUUGCGAUUGUGCUGAGGAGUGGGGUAAGCUUCAUAACCCCCCAUACCCUGUGGCCGGUAAAAAUCAUGCAUGUGGAGAAGACUCCGAUUGUAUUAACCGCGCCACGAAGAUGGAGUGUGUUGGAGAUUGUGGCUGUGGAUCGGACUGCCAAAAUCAGCGAUUCCAGCGCAAAGAGUACGCGAAAGUGGCUGUCAUCAAGACGGACAAGAAGGGAUUUGGACUCCGCGCCGAAACUGACAUGCGGCCCCAUCAGUUUAUCUUCGAGUACGUGGGCGAGGUGAUCAAUGAGGCUCAGUUCCGACGUCGCAUGCGCCAAUAUGAUGAGGAAGGCAUCAAGCAUUUCUAUUUCAUGUCUCUGAGCAAGGGUGAGUUUGUCGAUGCGACAAAGAGAGGCAAUCUGGGCCGUUUCUGCAAUCACUCUUGCAAUCCCAACUGUUACGUGGACAAAUGGGUGGUGGGCGAAAAGCUCCGUAUGGGCAUCUUUGCCGAGCGGCACAUUAAAGAAGGCGAAGAGUUGGUCUUCAACUACAACGUCGAUCGUUAUGGAGCGGAUCCGCAACCAUGCUAUUGUGGCGAGCCGAAUUGUACAGGAUUUAUUGGCGGCAAGACGCAGACAGAGCGUGCUACCAAGCUGUCAAACGCGACUAUCGAAGCCCUUGGAAUUGAAGAUGCAGAUGGUUGGGACACCGCUGUUGCGAAGAAGCCGCGCAAGAAGAAGACCGGUGAGGAUGACGAGGAAUAUGUCGACAGCGUGCAGCCUAAGUCGUUGGACGAGGACGGGGUCACCAAGGUCAUGGCAGCCUUGAUGCAGUGCAAGGAGAAAUGGAUCGCCGUGAAGCUGCUUGGCCGUAUCCAGCGUGGUGAAGACGAGCGUGUGCGCAAUCGCGUGGUGAAGAUGCACGGAUAUCAGAUCCUCAAUUCGCAACUAAGCACAUGGAAGGAUGAUCAUAAUGUCGUGCUUCAGAUCCUGGAUAUCCUGGACAAGUUCCCUCGGCUCACUCGCAAUAAAAUCAUCGACUCCAAGAUCGAAUCUACGGUACAACCGUUGACUCACUGUGGUGAUGAGCGCGUGGAGAAGAAAGCUGCUGCCCUUCUAUCCGUUUGGGCGACGCUUGAAGUGGGCUACCGGAUUCCGCGGAUGAAGAGAGACCCGACCGCGAAUGCACCAGCUUCAGCCGUGAAUCAGUUCGCACGUCGUGAGUCAACUCAUGACGAGCGAAAGAGAUCCAAGUCGCGCUCACGGUCAAGAUCGCGGUCUAUCGAAGCUCCUCGUGGCCCUGCUGCACAGGGACGUGGCGGCCAUGGACAUCGCCCCAGGCCCUUCCGGCGCCAAUUCAAUCCCCUACCUCCAGGCUGGUUUGCAGCUGAAUCGAAUGGCAGGACGUACUAUUACUCUGCUCGAGGCGACACUACCUGGACAAGGCCAACCGUGCCCGCACCGCAGCCCCCUCCGCCUCCUAAACCGGAAUCGAAGGAUAAGGCACUACAAGAUAUCAUUGACGGUAUUAUGAAUGCCAAGGAGCACACACCGAAAGAGAAGACUGCGACACCCGCAACACCCCAGGGAGCCAAGCCAUCGUCAGAGAAGAAGGAUAGCAAGGAGAAAUGGAGGACUUAUAGUGAGGAAAAGCAGAAGAGGCUUUACGAAAAUACACUCUUCCCUCAUGUCAAAUAUGUGAUGGACAAGUUCAAGCACAAGCUUCCGAAGGAGGAACUUAAGCGCUAUGCGAAAGAGCUAGCAAAGAAACUUGUUAACUCGGAUUUCAAGAACAAUCGCGUUGAAGAUCCAAAUCAGAUCAGUGAAAAGAAGCAGAAACAGGUGAAAAAGUUUUGCAAGGAGUACUUCGAUAAGGCUGUUGUAAAACACCGCGAAUAUGAGAAGAAGAGAGCCGAGAGGAAGGCCAAGGAGGCUCAGGAGAAAGGGGAGACUCCGACGGGCAGUGAGACCAAAGCGGAGGCAGACUCUGCAGCGGCCAAGGAGGAUGGAAGUGAUGAUGAGGACUUCAAGAUGUCCGAUAAUGAAGGGGACGACCCUAAACGCGAAGGGGGAAGUCAGACAUCGACACCUCCAGCACCUCCACCACCGCCAGGAGAUCCCGAAGACGAAGCUGAACAGGAAGGCGGCAGUCUCAAGAGAAAGCGUGAUGGCAACCACGAUGAUAAAGCUGGAGACGGCGAACACUCUCCCAUUAAGAGGCCGAGAUCGCAAACACCUCCGCCGCCGCCGCCGCCUCCUCCCGAAGAAGCCACCGUCGACGAGAAUCGUGACGAAGAUCAUCAGAUGGGUGGGCAUAACGAUACAUCAAAUGGCAAGAUGGUCUUGGAUCAUAUAGCUUCGGGUGAUUUCCCACCCGACCGAAAAGACGAACUCAAGCCUUCACAAAUGAGCAUCGAGGGAAAGGUAUAG